CGCUAUUUGUGUGUGUGUGUGUGUGUGUGCGUGUGUGUGAUUCAGGAUCUACAUGUGUCAGAUACUUCUGACCGUCCAGCCGACAUGGAUCGUAUGAGCAAGAAUAAAGUGGAGCAUCAGCGACAGAUGCACCAGGUUUUACAGAAUACUCCUUUAGACCUGAUUGAAACAGGGAAAUCUUUGAAAGUCCAGGCAGAGCGCCCCCAUCUGGUUAGCCUGGGAAGUGGACGCCUGAGCACAGCCAUCACUUUGCUACCUCUUCUGGAAGGUGAGGACCAGUGUGUACAGUUCAUAUUGCUGUGGGGCCCCGGGAUCGCAGCUCAGCACUGCUACAUUGAAAACCAGUCCGGGAGCAUCAUCCUAUACCCAUGUGGAAACCAAUGUUCUGCAGACGGGCUUCCCAUCACCAAACCCUAUCGCCUUACACAAGGGUGUAUGCUUUGUUUUGGCCAGUCCGCCUUUUUCCGCUUCAACCAUCCAGAGGAAGCUCAGAGGAUGAAGAGCAUGCUGCCUGGAGGGAGCCUCAGACUGACCAGCUCACAACCAAUUCCCUCUGACCCCCACAAUGCCUCCAAUGGAAACCACAAGUCAUUUUCAUGCAGCAGUGAGGUUAAACUCAACAACAUGGCAAAGAAUUUGCAGGACUCCCUAGUUCUGAAGACUUUAUCGUCACAAUCCAGUGUUGGUAAACAGUCUCUUCAAUCAUCUCAUGUGGACGUCUUUAACGGGAAAAAUGGCUCCACAGCAGAGAAUUGUAUUAAUGAAUACAGCAACAGCAUCUCUUUGACUCAGAACACUGGCAACAAAAGGCUUCCGGUUUCUGCUCGGUCUGCUCAUCCCAAUCAAGCUCCAGUCCCACAUCCACGGACCUCCCUCUCUGUGGCCUUUAGUGGUACCGGUGGGGGUCAGAGGUCCCAGGAGAGCCCAAAGCCUCUCAGAAAUGUCAGAGCAGAGGCGACAUCAAGCCCCAAACCACAUGUCAGGGCAUCGGGACAGGGAACAGAAAACUCAAGCCUGAGUCACAAACCAUCGUCCGUCAAGUUUGCCCAAACAGCUCCAUCAAGCCCCCGAUUAAGAGGUCCCACCUUACAGAAGAGAUCCAGCAGUCCCAUGCGAGAGCAGGGUCAGCUUCUCCCUCAUGCAGAUACCCCUCAAAGGCCAACUGGAUGCAGUAGCCUGAGGGAACUCCCUCCUCUCAGCCCAUCCAUGUCCCGUAGGGGGACCCUAUUAUCAAAGGCAGCCCUCGACAGCCCCCAGGGUCACAGAAACCCUCCAACUCCUCUAAAAUCUGAGGCAUCCUACACACUGAGUUCAUCAUCUCUGUCUGGACUUGAGAAAGAGACUGGAAGCGGGAAAUUUAAGACAGGCCAGGGGAGCACAUUCAUGUCAAACUUGGGUUCAGUAUCUGGUCUGUCCCCUCUCGCUAGCCCUCGAAACCAAAGAAAGACAUCCUGCACUGGCGUUAAAGGAUCUGCCAGUAAGGAAGGGAAUGUUACGAAACCAUACACCAGAGAACGCAAAAACAGCAUCUCUGAGAUCAGUGACAAUGAGGACGAGUUGCUGGAAUACCACCGUUGGCAAAGGGAAGAGAGGCUGCGGGAGCAGGAAAUGGAGAAACUGGAGCGACAGAGACUGGAGACCAUAAUGAAUCUGUGUGCAGGAUACAAUCAGGAGGACAGUGCUGCAGAGCUGGUGAGGAGUGGGUUGCUUGGGGGUGGCAGAGGAAUCUGCUCGGACACAGGAGGGGGGAUGUCUCUUCAGGGAGCAGAGAGAUCUCAGAGGGUGGGUGAGCGCGAUGAGGAAAUUCAGUGUGAAGAGUCUAGCAGCACAGAGAGCACACACCAAGAGUGUGAAGAGUUGUUUGCUGGGCAGGAGCAAGUCCACCUGGAAGAGGAGAGGGGCAGGAUCUUGGCCAGGGUGGAUAACCUGAAGCACAGAGUUGGCGAACUGGAGCAGCAGCUACAAGAGACCAAACGGGAGGUGGAGAUGGAGCAGGCCCUGCUGCAGGCGGAGAGGCGGGCUGAGCAGGAGCAGAUGGAGGCUGAAAGUGAAAUCAUCUCUCAGCUGCAGCUCAGACUCAGCCAGCUGAACAAAGCCACACAGCAAGAGAAGGAAAAGGGGAGGGCUAAUGUGUCGGCUGAGCGGAAGGUCCUGGAAAAGCAGAGGAAUGAGUACAAUGAGCUGAAGAGGCAGUUUGAUAAGUGCCCCUUGUCUCUAAGGGAACAGUUACAGGAGCAGCUCAGCAGGGUCAGUGUUCUCACGCAGCCCACUGGCUGGCAACAAGUGAAUGACUUUGUAUAUGAACAGAAAGCUGAAGCUCUGGAGUCAGGGACCAAACAGUUUGAGGAGAUGGAGUUCUGCCAGCUGGAGGAGGAGAGCAGUCUAGACGAAAAGAAGGAAGCUCAGAGCUCCCACUUUCUUCAAGAACGGGCAGAUUAUCACUGUAGUGUUGCCAAGAGGAAGGAGAAGAUGGCUGCUCUGGAAGCUCAGGUGAAGCAGAUGGGGUUACAAGCAUCUCAAGACUGUGAGCGGCUGGGUAAAGACAAAGCAGUGACUCUGCAGCUGUUACACAAGGAGCAAGACAGGCUGUGUGCCCUGGAGAAGAGGUACCACGCCUUGACUGGAGGAAAAAACUUCCCAAAGUCCACCGGCGGCAUGAAAGAGGAAUUUCUUCACAUCAGCGAGCCUGACCUUGUUUAUGUGGAUGGUGCUCCUAGCCCCUGUCCCUCUUCUGCCUCCUUCUCCUCCUCUCACAUCCCCUCCCCUGAACUCUGUCCUGUCAGGCUGCAAGAGGAGUACCUCAGGCUGUCUGAUGUCUAUAGGAUGUAUGGAAAUGCUUCUGUGCCGCCUCAUUCUUCCUCUCCAGCUGCUCUACACUGCAUCUCCCUCACUGUAGCUCCAGCUCUGCCAUGCGAGGAGUACGUCACAGUCAGUCAGUUAAGCCAGAUCUUUGGGCUGCAGAGAGUUAACCAGUCCUCUUCCUCCUCCACUCCAUCAUUCCAACUUGCCUCGUCUGAAUCCACCUUCUCAUGCCGCUCAGCCGCAUGUGGUCCUUCCUCCCUUUUUACUGCUCAGAGCCAAGCUGAGCUGAGCAGGAAUGUUAUGCCUCCCAUUAAUCUUGAACGCUGGUACCAGGACAUCAUGGCUGCUGGAGAGCCUCAGUCAUGUCCUCCACCACUGCCUGCAAAGUCUUUAUCCACUCGCAGACACGGGCAGCUUUUGAAGUCUAAAUCUGAAGGCGAGGUUGGACUGGGAUCAUCGAGCACUCACUUCAGCAGCACGAUCGGCCUGUCACACUCCAGUGGUGUUAUGCAUGAGAAAAAUGCAACCACUAAGGGUUUACAGUUGAUGCUGAGAGAAAUGUCAAAUCCAUUAGACAUGGACCCUAAGAGGCAGAUGGCUCUGCAGUUCAAAGAACCAUCUCCCGCUCUUCAUCACUCCAUCCUGCAUCAUCAGACGCCAUCAAGUGGAAACCAGGCAUAUGACACCCUCAGCCUGGAGAGCUCAGACAGCAUGGAGACCAGCGUCUCCACCGGCAACUCCGCCUGUACCCCGGAAAGUGCCUGUGGGUUAGAGGCCCAGAGGAUAGAGGAGAUGGAGAAGAUGUUGAAAGACGCGCAGCAGGAGAAAACCAGACUGAUUGAGAACAGGGAGAGGGAGGUGCAGGCUCGGCGGCAGAUGUUGGAGGAAGAGCGGAGGAGGCGAGAGGAGGCUGAGCAGAGGCUUCAGGAUGAGACAGCCCACAGGCGGAGGCUGGUGGAGGAGGAGGUGAAGAUGAGAGAGAAACACUUCUCUCAGGCUCGUCCAAUGACUCGCUAUUUGCCAAACCGGAAGGAGGAGUUUGACCUGCGUGCCCAUGUGGAGUCAUCCGGCCACUGCUUGGACACAUGCCCUUUCGUCAUCAUCACAGAGAAAAUGUGCAAAGGCCACCUAGUGAAGAUGGGCGGUAAAAUCAAAUCAUGGAAAAAGCGCUGGUUCGUUUUUGACCGUCUGAAGAGGAACUUCUGUUAUUACGCGGACAAGCACGAGACCAAGCUGAAAGGGCUCAUUUACUUUCAAGCAAUUGAGGAGGUUUAUUAUGAUCACCUGCGCAGCGCCACCAAGAGUCCUAAUCCAUCCUUGACCUUCUGUGUGAAGACUCAUGACCGCCUUUACUACAUGGUGGCCCCUUCUCCAGAGGCCAUGAGGAUCUGGAUGGAUGUCAUAGUAACGGGCGCAGAGGGAUACACGCAGUUCAUGAGCUGAUAGACCUCAGUGGUGUCACAUUUGGAGGAGACACCUGCGGGGCAACCUGAGCUGCUCCCUGCUGGGGCAGAAAUCCACGGCGCGCAGCCUGACGGUGUUUAACGGACAGACCCCACGCCCCAAGAGAAGCCUGACACCUGCCAGUGAAUGAGGGCUCACGCGUGACAGUGGUGCAUUUAAAUAAAAUUAUAAGGUGUAUUUAUUGAUUUGCUAUCAGUUUUAAAGUAAAAGAAAAAAAAGGUUUUGGCUUGUCAAUCAUGUUAUAUUGCCAAAAAAAUUGAUUUAUUAAUAGUUAAGAGUUUGAUUUAGAAGAUUUCAGGAGGAACACUUUUGAGUUUUCUUACUCUGUGUGAGCUCGAACCGUUUACACUUCUGAAGGUGAUCUACGCACACGGUUUUAUGAUGCUAAACCUUUUGAUACAGCUCUGCGUUAACUCCAUGACAAUUUUUUUUCAGAUGGGAAAAUCUGUUAAUAUAUAAAUACACACAUCUACACAUAAACACAGGAAUAUGUGGAAUUAUUUUAAAAGAUUUGAGAGUAUAAUGUAAGUUACAUAUUGAAUUAAACAUUCUUUGGUGCCAAAUGCUUAUAACACUGACAGAUUUUACAAUAUUAUUAUUAACAUCAAUCAGUAUAACGCUCCAAGAGCUUUUUCUUCAGGUAAAUGACACAAUAAUAAUGUUUUUACUUUACAUAAAUAUGUUUUAAAAAUGUGUAAGCAUUUAAAUAAAUAUGAUCAUUAUAGUGCUAUUACGAUAUGCUAAAACCACUAUGUACAUUCAAUAAAUAAAAAUA